AUGUCGGCUCGCUAUGCGCAUCGAGCCGUUGUCUUCACACGUAAUGGCGAGCCAGCGUCGGUGUUGAGCACUCUCACAUACCCCGCACUUCCACCGCCGCCCCCGCAUUCCCUCAACCUCAAGUUCCGUCUGUCACCAAUCAACCCGUCUGAUAUAAAUGUAGUUGAGGGUGUCUAUCCGUCAAAACCCGAGCCCACAAAGUCUCUCAGUGCUGGGCAACAACUCACAGAGUCCGUAUGCGUGCCUGGGAACGAGGGUCUCGCAGAAGUAACAGACGUAGGGGAGGGUGUUACAGAUAUUCAGAAAGGGGAUUGGGUGGUAAUGGCGAAACCACAAGCGGGCACAUGGAGCUCAGCGAGGACAUUAGGCUCGCAUGAAGUCAUCAAACUGGACAAGGGAAAUAUCAGCGAGGUGAACGCCGCUACCAUCGCGGUCAACCCGCCCACUGCUUAUCUCAUGCUGCGCGACUAUGUCAAUCUCAACUCGGGAGACUGGGUAAUUCAAAAUGGUGCGAAUAGCGCGGUCGGCCAAGCCAUCAUUCAAAUUGCCGCCCAACAGGGCGUGAAGACCAUUAAUUUUGUGCGGGACCGCCCCGACAUAGACGCGCUCAAACAGCAACUCACGCAACUCGGAGCAACGCACGUCUUUACAUACAAUGAACUGAGCGACAAAUCGUUCUACAAGUCGGUCAAGGAGCUUACUGGCAACAACCCGCCCCGUUUGCUCCUCAACUGCGUCUCCGGUCCGACUACUGCACAACUAACCCGCCUGCUUGGCACUGACGCGCGGCUGGUAUCGUACGGCGCAAUGUCGAAGCAGCCACUUGCUAUCCCUACGGGUCCUCUCAUCUUCCGUGGGCUCAAAGCCGAAGGCUUCUGGAUCACCGGACGAUGGUCCAAAGAUAGCGAGAAGGAGGAGAAGCAGAAGGUCUUGAACGCCAUUGUGCAGAUGGAGCUCAAAGAGCCGGAGCACGAGAUCGUGACACUAGAGGGCUCACUCACUGACGAACAAGCGGGGGCGAGAGUCCGCGAGGUCGCGCGUAAGAUUGGUGAGGGGAAGUACGGGAAGAAGGUUCUGCUGCGGAUUGAAGACCCUGUCACUAACGGCUAA